GCACAGUUCACCAAUACCUUUCUUACACGGUAACGAAACCCUUAAACAACAUACCUUUUUUCUAUUCCCCAAAGGAAAAGCCCUAAAAACAUCCACCACUCUUCAUAUCAGCAGAAGCUAUUCCUCGGGACAAAUACAAGACAUCGGUACGGUGUCGUUUACCUCGUUAUCGUCAUUCAUGGAAUCCAUACCAAAAUCCCUAGAUCCGCUGAUGUAACCCUCACAGUUUCCUCCUCUUUUCUCAUUUUUUUUCCCAAUUUAUUUUCCUAUAAUUAUUAUUUCUUUCUUGUUUACCAAAUAAUUAAAAAAAAAAAAAGAAGUUAGCAAAAGGAAAAAGGAAUUUAGUCGGCAUGGAUUCGGAGGAAUUUCGGACUAUCUUAUCGGGAUCCAGAUUUGGGAUUUGGGAGCUGAUCGAGGCCGCGAUUAAAGUUGCCUCCUCGGACUACGGCGAGGAGCUGCAGCGCCGCCGUGACAAAUUCGUCGAGGCGCUCUACGCACCGCCAGCACAGCUCUGCCGGAACUGCAACGGCAGCCUGUACCAGGACGGCGGUGUCGACGAGCCGUAUUAUCCGCAGGCUGUUAGUAACAAUUACAAUAACAGCGAUAACAUUGAUAAUGGCGACUAUGAUGAUGAAUAUAAUGACGACGGUAAAAAGUUUGAUGACGACGAUAAAGGCAACAUGAAUUCGAAUGAUGAUUUUGGCAAGAGCCCGUUGACGCCGGAGUCCAACCACCAGGAGAUUAACGGCGGGGUAGAGGAAGAGGAUUUCGAUCCGUACGGUGGGUUGUUUGAUGAUGAGCAGACCAAAAUCCUCAGCAUCAAAGAGCAGCUUGAAGAUCCACUGCAGAGUGAAGAUGAUGUGGUCCAGUUGCUUCAGAACCUGGCAGAUAUGGAAAUCACAUUUCAAGCGCUGAAGGAAACUGACAUAGGAAGACAUGUGAACCGAUUGAGGAAACAUCCAUCGAAUGAGGUUCGGGUAUUGGUGAAGCAACUUGUCAGAAAAUGGAAGGAAACUGUGGAUGAAUGGGUUAGGGUGAACCAACGAAAAGGGACUGCAAACCUAAAUGGUAACGUAUUAAUGUUGGUGGUGGCAGCUGAUGGGGAUUCACCUCAGCAGAGCAUUCCCAAAAAUCAACAAAAUGGCCAUCACCAGGUCCCUGAUUUUGGGUACUCCCCAAAUCCACAGAAUGGGAGUUCUUCUGUUGAAAAGAAUAAUGAAGAGCGUGAAAUGAAGCAGAAGUGUGUACCAAAAUCUAUACCCCGAAGAGAAACUUCUACACGACCACCUCCACAAUCACUUUCGAAAUCUUCGACUCCUCCCAAUGUACUUGGCUGCUUGCCCACAUUUGCUCCAUAUAGAUCAAUCCCAGUCAUGGAUGAUGAGAGGUUAAAUUCAGCAAGAAGGCGGCUUCAGGAGAACUAUCAAGAAGCCGAGAAUGGUCUGAUUUAGAGUUUGCAUUCAUUUGCGUUAGUAUAAGCUUUGAAUCUUGUGAUUGGCUGACUUUUGCUUGUUUGUGGAUGGUUCUUUUUUUUCCUCUCUCCGUUUUUUUCUUUUUUGUUCUUUUUUUUCCCCCUAAUGUGCAGCCAAAAAGCAGAGGACGAUUCAAGUGAUGGAUAUUCAUGAGAUUCCCAGACCAAAGGCAAAGAAUGCAUUUUUUGCCAAGAACAAAGGCGGUUUUCAGGGAAG